AUGCUAAAGGAAGCAAUGGAUUCUCGUGUUUUGAUCUGUCUAACAAUAAUCCUUAUAAUCUCAGGAUCACUACUAGUUUCAGGACAAGGAACAUGCCAAGGAGACAUCGAGGGUCUGAUGAAAGAAUGUGCUGUCUAUAUGCAGCGUCCAGGUCCAAAGCUAAACCCGUCCCAAGCGUGUUGUAGAGUCGUUAAGAAAUCAGACAUACCUUGCGCAUGUGGUCGCGUCACAGCCUCAGUCCAGAAAAUGAUAGACAUGGAUAAAGUUGUUCAUGUCACUGCCUUUUGUGGGAAGCCUCUCGUCCAUGGUACCAAGUGCGGAAGUUACAUCGUGCCAUGA